GUUUAGGUUUAAUGGAUCUGGCUUCUAAUGAUUAUGAACUCAGUACCAGUAGUUUUUGGACAUGGGAUGCAAUCUAUGAAAUUCUGGGAGUAAUUAAAAAAGAUACAAGAGCCACUGAAAGCCGUUUAUUUGUGAAAGUUGUAAAAGAAAAACUUCCUAGUAUAAUAGUUAUGUGUGAAAAACAGAUUGGUUGCUUUCCCAGAGAGAAGGGUAUGUUCAUAAAUUCCAAUUCAUUCAUUCCAUUGAAAGUGGAAUGCAUAGAAGACUGUGGUGAUGGCGAUCUUAACUACGAAUGGGAAGUUUCUGCAAUUGAUUUAGACUCACUAAAAUUUACACAAUUGGAAAAUUGGGAGGAACAUACCAUUAUUGAUUAUGAUAGAAUUGGGCUGAACCAAAGUUUGUACCAUACUUUCUCAAGCUACAGGACAUUUUCAGUGAAAGCUACUGGCAUCAGACCAAAUAUGACUCCUGGUAUAUCAUCUAUAUUUUUGACACUUAACGAUCCACCUGAAAAUGGAAAAUGUGAAAUCAAUGCUACGUCUGGUAAAGCUUUACUUGACAUGUUUUCAGUCAAAUUCUCAGGUUGGAUUGAUAAAAAUCAACAUAAUAUUACAGAUUAUAGUAUUUAUGUAAGAGUUGGAGAGGAACUACUUCGUAUUUUGUAUGGAGAGAAGCAGAUUGUUGAUGUUGUUUUACCGUAUGGAGAUCUCGAAGUUUUAUGUACAGUUAGUGAUCAAUUCAAAGCAACUACCACAUAUAGUAUUGCAAACUUUUCUACAACAUUACCCACUGAAGAAGAACUUGAAGAAUAUGAAUCAAAGAGACCUUUCGAAAGAAGUCUUGCUGAAGGCAAAAUGUCACUGGCAUCUCAAAUGGUUAUUGCCAAGAAUUCAAUCUUAAUGGAAUACAGAAACCGCAAAGGUGUAAAUGACAGAUUUGAUGAAGUCAGUGAGAAAGAUGUUGAUUUAAGAUGGCAAGAAUAUUUGGAGCUUGAAGGCAUAGACAAUAGUUACUUUACAUCUCAAGCCAGAGAAGAAAUUUAUGAUGAUUUGCAAGAAAAACUUGACCUUCAAAUGGAUAAAGAAGCUUUAGAAAAAGAUAGAGAAAUAUUCAGAUUAUUGCGGCUACCUAUGGAAAGUUUGGCAGAUGCUGAAAUUUUUGGUGGUGCUUUGAGUGCAGUGUCUGAAAUCGGACCCACAGAUGCAACUGGAAAGGCGCAGAUCAUGACUGGAAUUGAGCACAUGUAUAGUGUCAUCAAUGAGACUGAAGUCACACAUCCUGAGGAUUUGAAAGUUGUUUUCUCUCAAUUUGGUAACCUAGCUGAUAUUUUAACUGGAACUCUUGCUGAAUCUAACAUGGGAGGUAAAUUUUUACCUGCAGAAAUGAGAGCUGCUGAAGAAUUUCUGGAUUUUAAUUCUACAGAACCAAACAACUUCAUUUAUUUUAUUGAAGGAAAUCGAGAAGAAGUUAAAGAAAAACUGAAAGAAAGGCUUGUUGACGAAAUUAAAGAUAGUGAAAUGAGUAAUACUAAGGGAAUGGUGUCUGAGCUAAAAGAAAUGAUAUCAGAAAUUCAGCAGAAGUGCAUUGAGGAAAUAAUGGUCGGACCAGAUCCAUUUUACUCUGAGUCCAAACUUGGAUUUCAAUUGACAUUCAUCAAAAAUUAUGCCUCUGAACUGUCUGGCCAAGUUAUUCAACAGGGUUCAUCUUCAAUCAUUCUUCCCGAUCUGUGUAAAGCAUUGCAGAAAAAUGAAUGUCAGCAAAAUGGCUCAGCUAUUGGAAUCCAGGCUGUGCGAUGGACCCAACCCCUCGAAUCCUAUGCAGAGAAUUCAAACAACUUGAGUGAUUCGUCCAAUGAAAUUCAGCUGGACAUCACUUCUCGGGAUGGACACUCGAAACUAUCCGUGAAUGACUCCAAAGACCCAUUUAUCAUUUGUAUUCCAGUUUCCGCUUCCGAUGAUAAAGACACAAAAAUGGAGUACGUUGUUCCUAAAUUUCCCACUAGCUCUGAUGUUCUAGUGUACCACUCUGUUUUAGUGGAUGCAGAAGGAAUGUCUGUUACACUGACCAUUGAACCUGAUUAUCCUAAUGUUCCUUUAAUUAUGGUCUAUAAAUAUGGGGAUUAUCCAUCUUUGCAGGAUUAUGAUGGCAUACAAAACAUUCAAGGUGGAUUUACAUCGUUUUUUGGAAAAGACAUUAUUACCAGCAGUGGAAAAAAUCUAACAAUUGGCAUUGGACAAUUGGGCAACUCUACAAGUGCGAACGAAUUUUUUAAGAAUCCAAAAAAGAACCAGCUAAAUGUUGUUAACAUGACCAAUCAAUUUUCUACUAAUUAUUCCAUUAAUAUUGGCUCUAUUGGUUGUUAUCACUUCAGUGAUGCCGAAGAGAAAUGGAUUACUGGGGGAUGUGACGUUAGUAAAGUGGAAUCGGGAGUUACUUGCUGUGCCUGUAACCACUUAACGUCGUUUGGAAGUGGAUUUUUUGUGACACCUAAUCAAAUAGAUUUCAAUUAUGUGUUUGCACAUGCUGGAUUCAAUCAAAAUAUAGCAAUAUACGUCACAAUCAUUGUCAUGUUUUCUGCAUUCAUUGUUCUGAUCAUUUUUGCAAGAUUCAAAGAUCGGAAAGACUUGGAAAAGAUUGGUGCCACUCCUUUAGAAGACAAUGAAGCUGAGGAUAAGUAUAUUUAUGAGAUUCUCGUGUAUACCGGACAUCAAAGGAAUGCUGGCACUAAAUCAAAUGUAUUUUUUAUCUUAUCUGGUGAUGAUGAAGAAACCCAAGUUCGGUGUUUUUCUGACCAGAAACGACCUAUUCUCCAACGGGGAGCCAUCGAUGUUUUUAUCAUGUCUGUCCCAAGAUCUCUUGGUCAAUUAAACUACCUGAGGCUUUGGCAUGAUAAUUCUGGAUCAGGGAAAUGGUCAUCUUGGUACUGCCAGUUAAUAAUAUUCAGGGAUGUGCAAACUGGCUUCAAAUAUGAGUUUCUCAUUAAUAGGUGGUUUGCUGUAGAGCUUGACGAUGGCAUGAUUGAUCGAUUGAUUCCUGUUGCUGGUAAGGAGCAAGUAACUGAAUUUUCCCACAUGUUUUCAACUACUUCUCAGCGUAAGUUGGCAGAUAAUCAUUUGUGGUUCUCAAUAUUUCUCCGACCCCCACGAAGCCGUUUCACUCGUGUCCAGAGAGUGUCCUGCUGCAUGGCUGUCCUCUGCUUGUCUAUGUUGACCAAUGCCAUGUACUAUGAAAGAACUUCUGCCAAACCUGCAUCAGGGGCCUUCAAAUUCGGACCACUCUCUUUGAGUCCUGAACAGAUUGCAGUCGGUGUGGUAACCAAUCUCCUGAUAUUUCCUCCAACAUUCAUCAUGAUAUUCUUUUUUCGGAAAUCACGCCCUCGAAUUCUACGCCCAUCUCAUGUUGAAGAAGCUUUGAAACAGCAAAGUAUGCCAUUUCUUUACAAAUAA